AUGGGUCCCCCAAAAACGGAUGCCAAACAGGAAUAUACGAAACACCCCUUUCUUCUCUCUGUCAAAGAGUUGGCCGAAGUCCUCCAUACAAAUAUCGAAACGGGCUUAUUGGAUGCAAACAUCCCAAAGCUACAGGAGGAAUAUGGCGCCAACCGUCUGGACGGAGACGGAGGGGUGAAGUGGUAUACCCUGCUGGGAAAGCAGAUUGCCAAUGCGAUGGUUCUGGUCCUAGUCUUAGCCAUGGCCCUUUCGUAUGGGGUCUCCGAUUAUGUUGAAGGAGGAGUGAUUACCGCUGUUAUUGUGGGCAAUGUCCUCAUCGGUUUCUACCAAGAAUUCAAGGCGGAGAAGAAGAUGGAUUCUCUUCGCUCCCUCUCCUCACCGUCCGCCACUGUGAUCAGAAACGGUCACGAAACAACAAUCCCGUCUGGCGAAGUCGUACCUGGCGAUAUUGUCCAAAUCAAAAUGGGAGACACAGUCCCUGCGGAUCUGAGGCUCUUCGAUGCGAUGAAUCUCGAGUGUGAUGAGAAGAUCCUAACGGGCGAAGCCGUGCCGGUAGCCAAGGAUAUCGACUUCAGCCCUUCGGGCUCUGAACUGGACACUGGUGUCGGUGACCGGCUAAACAUGGCUUACUCGUCCUCAACUGUUACCAAGGGCCGCGGUCGUGGCAUUAUCGUCUUCACCGGAAUGUAUACGGAAAUCGGAAAAAUUGCACAGUCCAUGCAAGGGAAGAAAAAGCGCAAAGCUAGUCGCUCCAUGUCUCGGGAAAAGUACGGAAAUUUUCAACCAAUCAAAGGCGGUGCUCUUCGUGUCUGGGACGGCGUUGGGAAAUUCCUUGGCCUCACGGAGGGAACGCCGUUGCAAAUCAAGCUCAGCAAAUUGGCAUACGUACUAUUCGGAUGCGCUAUCUUGCUUGCUAUUAUCGUGUUUGGCGUGAAUCGCUUCAACGUUACGAGUGAGGUGGCUAUCUAUGCUAUUUCGACUGGUAUUGCUAUCAUUCCUGAAUCCCUCAUUGCGGUUCUAACUAUCACUAUGGUUGUCGGUAUGACCCAGAUGCGGAAACGUAAAGUGGUCGUCCGACAGCUGAGUGCGCUCGAAGCCCUCGGUGGCGUUACUAAUAUCUGCUCUGAUAAAACUGGAACUUUGACCCAGGGACAAAUGGUUACACGGAAAGCUUGGAUUCCAGGUGUUGGUAUUUACAGUCUCCACCAGUCUGACGAUGCCAACAAUCCCACUCGAGGAACAAUAGUGUUAGGACAACCCCCAGCAUCAAAGCAGGAGGCUGAACAGGAACGGGAGCGCAAGCGUGCCGAGCAAGACAGGUUGCGUUCUGCUGCUGGUCUGAAAUUUGAUAUCCCGGCUGAAAAGGAGGAACGUGACCAACGUCGCAUUGAGGAACGGAAUGACUCUUCUCCUGAAAAGAGUGAAGAUAUUGAGGAGGAUGUCAUGCCUGAGAUGGUUCCUGAACUCGAGGCAUUCAUUCAGUCCGCCGCAUUGUGUAAUUUGGCAACUGUUCGUCAUGAUCCAGAAUCAAACACCUGGCAGACGAUGGGUGAUCCCACUGAGAUUGCGUUGCAAGUGUUUGCUCACCGAUUUGGGCUUGGAAAGAGGGUUCUCGAGACGCAAUAUGGCUGGAAGCAAAUAUCUGAGUAUCCCUUUGAUAGCAGCGUGAAGCGAAUGUCAGUUAUCUACAUCCGUGAGACAGAUGGCGAAACUCGUGUUUUUACGAAAGGUGCUGUCGAAAGAAUUAUCGACCUUUGCACUAGUGUCGGAACGGGAGAUCACCAAGAGGCCAUGACUCCGGAAACUAAAGAGAGAAUUCUCGAGCAGAUGAAUUUCCUUGCAGAACAGGGCCUGCGUGUGCUUGGAAUCGCGCAGAAAGCUGGUCCCCCUGAUGUCCAUUCUCAUUCUGAAAUUCCACGGGAAGAAAUUGAGAAGGACUUGACUCUGCUUGGGCUGGCUGAAUGUACCAUGGCUGGAAUUCGUGUUCACAUGUUAACUGGUGAUCAUCCGUCAACUGCGACCGCUAUCGCUAAGGAAGUGGGCAUCCUCCCGCGCAACCCAGGCACACUGUCAGCGGAGGAGGCUAAGUCACUCGUGAAAACCGCAGCGGAAUUUGACGCCAUGACUGACAAAGAACUUGAUGCUCUACCGUCCCUUCCCCUCGUAAUCGCACGAUGCGCACCAGAUACCAAAACUCGAAUGAUUGCUGCCCUCCAUCGUCGCCACAGAUACUGUGCCAUGACAGGAGAUGGAGUCAAUGAUGCUCCGUCCCUCCAAGCUGCGGACGUUGGUAUCGCUAUGGGUAUGGCUGGCUCAGAUGUGGCUAAGUCUGCCGCUGACAUUGUGCUCACGGAUGAUAAUUUCGCCAGCAUUGUGAAUGCAAUUGAGGAAGGUAGACGGAUGUUCGAUAAUAUCCAGAAGUUCAUUCUCCACCUCCUCACCUCCAACGUCGGCGAAGUUGUGCUACUCAUUGUUGGACUCGCGUUUCAGGAUGAGAAUGAAACUUCUGUUUUUCCUCUCUCGCCACUUCAGAUUCUCUGGAUUAACAUGUUGACGUCUUCAUUCCCUGCAUUCGGCCUGGGUCGUGAGAAGGCCUCUGCGGCUUCGAUGCGUCGUCCACCUCACGAUACCAAAAAGGGUGUUUUUACCUGGCAAAUCGUCUUUGACAUGGUAAUCUACGGUGUAAUUAUGGGAGCUUGUACGCUGCUCACAUUCGUCAUUAUCAUCUACGGUGCCGGAAAUGGAAAGGAGGAUCUAGGACACGACUGCAACGGUUUUGAUAAUGAGAGCUGCCAUGUCGUAUUCCGCGCCCGUGCCGCCGUCUUUGCCGAACUUACAUGGCUAAUCCUCUUCUCUGCUUGGGAAUUCAAACACCUCCGCAACAGCAUGUUCAAUCUCGACCCGCUCCGCGACCGCAGCGAAGAUCGUUUCCCUUCCUUCCCAUUCUUCCACGACAUCUACGAGAACAAAUUCCUCUUCUGGGCCGUGGUCAUCGGCUUCGUCUCAGUGUUCCCCGCCGUUUACAUCCCCGGUCUAAACACGCAGGUCUUCAAGCACCGUGGCAUAACAUGGGAAUGGGGUCUGGCGUUUGGCUCGAUAUUCAUAUUCAUACUUGGCGUGGAGGCGUGGAAGAUGACCAAGCGACGAACUGGCUGGUUCUCGGAGGGAGAAGAUUAUGAAGGUGUCACUCCUGCAACGGGCUUCCGGCGACGUUGGCCAAGUCAUGAAUUGGGUCUUAGACAGGGAUUCUUCUCCUUUGCUCGCACGCUCACUAGGGGUAGCGAGAAGAGUUAUAUCCCUGAAAGUUCGAGGUCCAGCAUUAGUGGAAGGGAUAACACUUCUUCACGCCCACGGGGUAGGACUGACCAUUCUUUGGGUUCCAGGAGGGUGAAGGAGGAGGUUUGA